AUGAAAAAUAUUCAUAAUUUAUUGGAAAGGGCGCGUAUAACUCUUCUUUGCAAGGUAUUCAUCCUAGCACUUAUGCUUAUACCAUACAGUGUGCACAAACAUGUGGAUGUAGUUGACAUGCUAAUUAUAGAAACAACAGAGAACAACCAUAUAAUAAGACUAAAAAUAAACCCAGAGGGGGCGCUUUCUCCUUCCCGUGGGUAUGUAAUGCACAAGAGCAGAUACAUGCACAACAUGAGGCAGUAUUUCUCAGAAAUAAACAUAGAGUAUUUUUUAGUAAAAUUGAAUUCACCAAUGCACACCAAUAACCAGAAGCUGAGCAUAGGUGAGGAUUUAUCUGAGAAAUGUGCUAUACACAGCAGGGCACAGGAGGAGGAAGAACAGUCAGACGUUAAAUUCUUCUUUAAAUACUAUAAAGCGCCUGAACGGGAUGCAGCCCAUUUAAUUGCGUAUAAAAAAGACAUUCUAGCGAGUGCAACUCUCCAAGCGUUUGCACAGCAGGUUAUUCACAUGUUUCCAUCAGAAAAUGGAUAUCUGUCAAUUGACUCGCAGCAAAAAGACUCGUUUACUCGGUUAUUAAGAAACCAAAAAUCUGAUACU